CAGUCUACUACGUGUUAGGACUGGUGCCUUUAACUUACAAGCAUCUCGGGGAGAGGAGGAAAAAAAGGACUUUCCCCCGGCUCUUAUCUGGAGGAAUAAAGCUGCUGCACAGCCGUCGCGACUUGGUCAGCUUCAAACUCUAUAACCGGCAUCUUUCCUCGGAGAGAAACUAUCCUAUGAAGGCGGGUUUCCUCUGUAUUUUCCGACUUGGAUUAAGUUCUGCAUGGAAACAAAUGAUAUUUGAGAGGAGCGGAGAGAGGAGGUGGGUGUCGGGUACAAGCCUGUGUGUUUCUCCUCUUGUUCUUUUAUGCAUGGAUCUCGGAUACAAGCCUGUUUGAGUUUGACUUAAGUGGAAAAAAUAGUCCCUAUUGUUGCUGUUGCGUGAUCUAAAUCUUAUUCGAGUUUCAAAGAGAUCUGAAAGGGUUAAUCCGAGAAUUAAAGGAAAGUUCUUGAAGCAAUAAAGACAGGAUUCUAAGGGAGAGAAACAUAAGUAAUAUUUUAAAUUAUGGCAUUGAAGGCCAGAGUGUUGUACGACUUCCACUCUGAAAACCCUGGAGAGAUCUCCAUAACAGAGAAUGAGCUGGUGACCCUGUUCACUGAGGAGGAGCUGGAGGGCUGGCUGGAGGGGGAGAACAGCAGGGGGGAGGCUGGCCUCUUCCCUGCCUCCUAUGUGGAGAUCAUCAGGGACCACAUCACCUCCAACACCAACAACAACGGCAUCUCCUCGCCCAAAACCAAAGCCCUGACGCCCACCCACACCCCCUACACAUCCCCGGACACCCAGUCUCAGAGAGGACUCGGGGCUGGCAGCAUUGGCAGUGGCGGAGGCAGCUUCCACACCAGCCAGGGCAGCGAUGACGACUGGGACGACGACUGGGAUGACAGCUCUCCUGCGGCAGAUGCGCCUCGGGGUCUUGGCACCUCGCCUCCCUUGUACCCGGUGACCACCUCCUUGCCAGCGCGGCGUGAGAGCUCCCAGCAGCAUCAACACCAAGCCAAGAGCUCGGCGACAGUGGGGAGGAACCUCAACAGGUUCUCCACCUUUGUCAAGUCCGGAGGGGAGGCGUUCCUGCUUGGGGAGGCCUCUGCUUUCGUGAAGGACGGGGACAGGAUCUGUGUGGUGAUGGGGAAGCAUGGACCGGAGUGGCAGGAGGACCCGUAUCCAUUCACGUGCACCAUUGACGACCCCACUAAGCAGACCAAGUUCAAAGGCAUGAAGAGCUACAUGUCCUAUGGCCUGACACCAACGCACACCAACACGCAAGUCAACCGCAGGUAUAAGCACUUCGACUGGCUGUACGCUCGGCUUGUGGAGCGCUUCCCGGUCAUCUCAGUGCCCCACCUGCCGGAGAAGCAGGCCACCGGCCGCUUCGAGGAGGACUUCAUCUCCAAGCGGAGGAAGGGACUGAUCUGGUGGAUGAACCACAUGACAAGCCAUCCCGUGCUGGCACGCUGUGAUGUUUUCCAGCAUUUCCUAACGUGCGGGGCAGACGAGAAGGCCUGGAAACAGGGCAAGAGGAAAGCCGAGAGGGACGAGCUAGUUGGGGCCAAUUUCUUCCUCACAAUCAGCACACCGUCUGUCCCGCUGGACCUCCAGGAGGUCGAGAGCAAGAUCGAAGGCUUCAAGACCUUCACCAAGAAGAUGGACGAGAACAUUGUGGUCGUGAACGCCACCAUCAACGAGUUCGCUCGGAAGCAGAUGGCGGGGUUCAAGAAGGAGUACCAGAAAGUCGGGCAGGCCUUCACGAUCCUGGGACAAGCGUUUGAGAUGGACCAGCAGGCCUACUCAGUGGGCCUGAACAAAGCCAUCGCCUACACUGGUGAAGCCUAUGAGGCGGUGGGGGAGUAUUUUGCUGAACAGCCGCCCCAGGACCUGGCGCCCAUUUCUGACCUGCUGGACCUCUACAGAGGACACCUGGCUAAUUUUCCUGACAUCAUCCAUGUGCAGAAAGGUGCACUGACCAAGGUGAAAGACUGUCCAAAGCAGGAAGGUGAGCUCCACAACCGCUGCAACAUCAUUUCCUGCGCCACGCUGGCAGAGAUCCAGCACUUCCACCGCACACGCGUACGGGACUUCCGCGCACAGAUGCAGCACCACCUCCGCCAGCAGAUUGCCUUCUACCAGAAGAUCACCGCCAAGCUGCAGGACGCUCUUCAGAGAUACGAUGACGACCAGUAGGGAGAGAGAGAGAGAGAGAGAGAGAGAACAGAGAAGUUGGACUACAAAGGCCUUGAGGAAACGGAGGGGUAGCUUGAAGAGAGGAGCAGACGGGGGAUGAUUGAUGGGUUCUUCCUGCAGUAAUGGAGAACAUCUUAUCAUCCUUAAGAGAGAAAACUUUUUGAUGCAGUGAAACCUGGGCCUGGUGCAAGCAUUGAAAGAAAUAUACCACUCUUUUAAAAUAUAUAGGCCACUGGACUGUGGAAUGACAACUUCUUGGAUUAUCUGGACGGCUCUGAUGAAUGUACCAGUAACAGGGAUUUUGCUGACGCUCCAGGCACAUCUUGCAACUCAGCGGGACUGUGACAGAUAUUAAAAACAGCUGCUCUCAGUGUGACGGGGCUUGAUUCCCGGUUUCAGGGUCAUGUGAUCUCUCCAUGCCUCCGCUGCCUCACCACUUCAUGGAAACCUUCCGCUGUAGACACGAAACUCCCCAAAUCACUUCAACUGGAUGUUUUAAUGAUUGAAAGACUUCAUGAAUUUGAUGAUUUUUGUUAUCUCUAUAUGUGUCUGUUUUUACUUGAAUGACCUGUUCAGUAUUGUUUUAAUGGGACGUGACAGAGGGGAAGUGAUUAUUCGUGAAUGCGGAAAGAGGAAAGUAGGCGUAAUCUACUUAAUGAGUUUGGUAGUUGGAUUUCAUUACAGCUGAAAUUUGACCUACUUCUGAUGUCUAACAUCUCUCACGAGGCAGAUGUGCUCACAUCUUUACUUUAUCAUAAUUUGAACCUCUGUGUUGUUCUGCAUUUUACUUAAAAUAAUAAUUGAUAUCUGACUUUU